GGCAGGAUACCAUUAGGCACUGUGGUGAGUGCGGUUCGAAGAAAGUGGAGAACUGAGAAAGAAAGAGGGAGCGAUUGGGAUGCUACAAUAACAGACAGAUAUACAACGAGAGGACACGACACGGCGUGUUUGUUGGGCAACACGGAGAGAGAAGAGAGGAGAAAAUAGCCGAACGGAGAGAGAAGAGAGCGAGUGGCGGUCUGGGUUUGGCAACCGGUUUGUUCUUAGUUCCCUCGAGCCAGCUGCAGCAGGCAGCACCGUGCAAAAUGCGCUAUUUACGGUUCUUCAUUCCUGCGUUCGGUUCGACAAUGGACUCGUUCUCCAACUGAGCCUGCCAACCUUGCAGCACACCGCGGACGGUAACCUACCCAUUUGAGGGAACGCUUACUGCAACAUGCAGUAAAAAUAACACACUGAGAUGUUUUUUCACAAGAUACAGUGAAGGGGGAUCCCCACCGCCGUUAUUCUCUUUCUACAUACCGGUUUUGGAUUAUAAAUCCGGGAUUAUAAGAAGUUCGGUCGGGAUGGGGAAGGAACAAGAACUACUAGAAGCGGCCCGGACCGGGAAUGUGGUCCUGGUGGAGAAAUUACUGAGUGGGAAAAGGGGAAUCCUGGGGACAGCCUCGGGCUCCAUACCUCUGCCAAACCUACUGAGCAUGUGGAGAGGCUUGAAUGUGAACUGUGCAGACAGUUCAGGGUACACACCCCUCCACCACGCAUCACUGAACGGACACAGGGACGUGGUGUUGAAGUUGCUCCAGUUUGAAGCCUCCACCAAUGUGGCUGACAGUAAGGGCUGCUUCCCCUUGCACCUGGCCGCCUGGCGUGGGGACGUAGACAUCGUCCGUAUCCUCGUCCACCACGGGCCCUCACACUGCCGCGUCAACCAGCAGAACCAUGAGAGGGAGACGGCGCUGCACUGUGCGGCCCAGUAUGGCCACUCUGAGGUGGUGUCCAUCCUACUGCAGGAGCUGACAGACCCCACCAUGAGGAACAGCCGCGACGAGACGCCCCUGGACCUGGCUGCACUCUACGGACGACUUCAGGUGGUCUGUAUGUUGGUGACCGCCCACCCCAACCUGAUGAGCAGCCACGGGACAAGGCGCCACACGCCCCUGCACCUGGCCGCCCGCAACGGGCACCACUCAGCCGUGCACACCCUGCUGGAGGCCGGCAUGGACGUCAACUCCCAGACGGAGAAUGGCAGUGCUCUCCACGAGGCAGCUCUCUAUGGGAAGAUGGAUGUGGUUCGUCUGCUGCUAGACUCAGGUAUUGAUGCCAACAUCACAGACUGCCAGGGAAGGACAGCUCUGGAGAUCCUCAGAGAACACCCUGCACAGAAGUCCCAGCAAAUCACUGCACUCAUGCAAGAAUACAUGAUGGAGGAGAUGAUGGACAAUAAGAGUGUGUUGAUGGAGGAACCUAUUCGCCAGUGUCCUGUCCCCACACCUCGCACCUCUAUCCCCUCUCCCUCCGCCUCCCCCUCCCUCAGGCACAAAAAUGAUGCUGUGACAGGGGAGCUCUCCAAGCUGCUGAAUGAGAUGAAGAUGUGUCGGGACAGAGACUACUCUUUUGAGGAGCUCUGCCAGACCAUCUCAUCCCACUCUCAUUCCAUGGAGAGCUUUGGCAGCGGUCACCUAUCAGACGAGGAGCGACGCAGUAACGGCACCCUGAGCAGAGUCAGAAAGCGGCCCACUCCCCCACUUCCCCCAGCCCAGGAGGAAGAGGAGGGGGAGAAGAGCUGUGACCCUGCUGGGUUCUGGGAGGCCCUCACACCCUGCAACGGUUGUCACAACCUGGGCUUCUCCAGCCUGUCACAGGACUCGAAGCGCUCGGCGGAGAUCGUACCAUCGCCCUCCCUUGACGUGUUCUUACCGGAGGAUGAGGACAAUCCGUAUGAGUCCGCCACCACCGCUGUGACCCGCAAGCCCUGCUCGCUGGACAUCGGCCUCUUCAACGCCUGCCCCCUCAACGGCCACUCUCCCCAGGUGACGGUGACUGAGCCGGAGCUGUGUAACCAUAGGAACAGCUCCUCACCGACGGGGCCUACUCCAGACUGCUCUCCCCCCUCCCCAGACACUGCCCUGAAGAGCAUUGACAGAGUCAUCCGCCCACAGCCCAAACAGCGGACCUCCCUCUCCUCCUCGCUGGAUGUCCAGAACCAGAGGCCAGUCAACCACAGCUGUGAUCCCUCCGAGGUGAGCUCGUCCCUGGGCUACGCCAGCUUCAGCACCAGCCCCCCUGCCAGCCCGCCAGUCAGCCCCAACCAGGACUCACCUGGCUCCAACGACGACUGCCCCCUCACAGACAACGGGCCGUACCAGCAGAACCUUCCCCCCGCCUCUUCCAAUACACUCCCACUACCAGACGACCGACGACAGAGCCUCGUCCCUGUAGAGUUCGCCGGCCUCCUCCACGGCUCCUCGCCAGCCUGCGAGACGCCCGACACACCCUACCACCUCUACACCUCCAACACCAAUCCCAAAGCCCGAAAACACACCCCCUCGGACCCCCACACCAGCCCGGUAACCACGCUCGGUAACCAGGGCAACCUCACUUCGGUAACCCAGCCUUUUGAAUUAGGAAUUGGACUUCCACCGCCCCUCAUUAUCCCUCACACAGGAAACGAGGCGUUGGCUCUGAAGACCCCCAAAGACCCCCUCAAAGACGACAGACCCCCCAAACCUCAGGUAGUCUAUCGCACCAUUUUCCACACCCGGGUUAACCAGAACCCCCAGAGCGCCUCGCCCUCCUCCUCCUCGCCGUAUGGUUGGAACGGGGAGGCGGUGGUGGUGAAGGGGUGUGUGUCGGGAGCUGGUGGACCCAGGGAGGGGACUGGAUACGAGGACAGGGCCUUUACCCUGGGCAGGAUGAGAUCCAUACCUCGCAGUGUGCUGGACUUAAAGCUCUCCAAGUCACUGUCCAAGUCUGACUCCAACCUGGUGGCUGUGUCGCCCAUACAGGAGGAGUACCACUGGGGGUCUGGGGCCAGGGGCCAGGGGCCGAGAGGAAGCCCAGGGGACACCGCCAGUCCUGGGGGCCAGCUAGAGAGAACACCCUCCUUCACUGCUGAAUGGGAGGAGAUUGAUAAGAUAAUGAGCUCCAUUGGGGCUGGCAUCAGCACUGGCACGGGCUCAGAAGGGAUCAAGGAGAAUAAUGCAGGUCCCCGGUGCCCCAUGCAGUCUGUGGGCCAAUGGCUGGACAGCAUUGGACUGGUCCAAUACGAGAACCACCUACUGGCCAACGGCUUUGACAACGUGCAGUUUAUGGGCAGUAACGUGGUGGAGGACCAGGACCUGCUGGAGAUCGGGAUCCUCAACUCAGCCCACAGACAGAGGCUGCUACAGGCCAUACGCCUACUGCCCAGGGUGCGUCCUAUUGGCUAUGAUGGUAACAACCCCACGUCAGUGGCUGAGUGGCUGGAGUCUCUGGAGCUGGGAGACUACACUAAGUCCUUCCUCAUCAACGGAUACACCUCCAUGGAACUGGUCAAGAAGAUCUGGGAGUUAGAACUCAUCAAUGUGUUGAAGGUCAGUCUGAUAGGACACAGGAAGAGAAUUCUGGCCUCGCUGGGAGACAGGCUUCACCAAGACCCUCCACAGAAACCCCCACGGGCCAUCUCCCUACGGGAGCCCGGUGGCUGCAACACCCCUCCCCAGAUCCUUCCGGGCCAGGCUGUGUACACCACGGCGGGUGUCCCAGGGGGCUCGUUGGACGUGCAGCACCUCAUCAUGCAGGCAGACGCACGGCGCCGCCAGCGCUCCAACGACAACUACUUAGAGGAGAUGCCUCGCUCCAAACUGGAGCGGCAGAUGGCCCAAGUCAGCAUGCAAGGCGAAUGGUGCGAGCCAAUCACGUUGCGUCCUCCCAACGAGGCCACCUCGUCCACUCCAGUGCAGUACUGGCAGCACCACCCUGAGAAACUCAUCUUCCAGUCGUGUGACUAUGAAGCUUACUACCUGGGCUCUAUGCUGGUGAAAGAGCUGAGAGGAACAGAGUCAACACAAGACGCCUGCUCCAAGAUGAGGAAGUCUACAGAACAGAUGAAGAAAGUCCCGACCAUUGUUCUGUCCGUCUCCUACAAGGGAGUCAAGUUCAUCGAUGCUACAAACAAGAACAUCAUUACUGAGCAUGAGAUCCGAACAUCAUCAUGUGCGGCACCAGGACUGAGGAUCUGUCCACGUUGGAAGCACAUCACCAAAGACCUCAAGUCCAGCCACCACUACUGCCAUGUCUUCACUGCCUUCUGAACAUUUGACAUAAACCUGGCGUAUGAGAUCAUCCUGACCCUGGGCCAGGCCUUUGAAGUAGCCUACCAGCUGGCCCUACAGGCCAGGAAGAGUGGCCAUGGCUCCUCCACGCUGCCAGAGAGCUUUGACAUCAAGCCCAACAAGCCCGUCCCCAAGCCCCGCGUCAACAUCCGCAAGUCUGUCAUCAUGUACCCCUCUAGCCGUUGGUCGCUGGGUCACAUAUACACCCCCCACCGGCCUCCUCUCCACCCUCCUCUUCCUCCACCUUCACCACUCCUCCUCCGUCACCCUCACAAAGUUCCCUUUCAGAUGGAGCAGCCGUCGAUGGAGCAGAAGGGUCAUGCCAACGUGCCGUGGAUAGUGGAACCAGGGCAGGAGGCCAAGAGAGGAGCGAACACCAAGGCAUUGCCGGACACCCAUGUCUAUUACUGUGGAAUGCAAAGAAUGUAGCCAGCCUUAAACAUGGACCCUCACACACACACAAUGCAAAAAGGACUACAAAUGUGGACCCUUCUGUCUCUGUGUCAAAGGACUACUAACAUGGACACUCUCUAACGAACUUGGUGUUUAAGGUUGAUUACAAAACGAGGACAUCUUCCCACAAACAUUGGACUCAUGGCCUAACUGUGUACACACACACACACACACACACAGUUAAGGGACUGCUUAGUAACAGUCGAUAUGUGAAUGUAGACUUUCAUUGAAGCAGCCACAACUCGAGCCCCUGUUCUGCAUUCAAUUGGACCUUGACCUUUGAACUCUAUACCACGGUCACCCAAGGUCUGGACUGUAACGGACAAAUGUGUGUAUUUGAAUGGGGACGAGGUAAAGGACUUCUGGUUGGCUCUUUUCCUCUUGUUUAAGUUUUGUUUAACGGUCAAUAAUACAAUAAUAUGGAUAGAAUUGGCCGUGCCGGACCACCAUGCAACAGGUGAGCCCUGUGCCAAGUGGCAUCACAAAGGAUGGCUCCGCCUACCUGAGCAAAACACCAUCCAUCCCAAUUAAAGAAAUAUUCAUGUUAAUGACGUUUUAAAUGUUUCAUAUGAGAGAAUUAUCUUACCUUAUGAUUAUUCUUGUGCAAUUCUUGUCUUAAUGUUACAUUAUUUUUAUAUGAUAUGCUGAAAUGAAAAAAUCCGGGCUUGAGAAUGAUUGCCAUCCUUUAAAAAAAAUCGCAUAAUAGUUCUAUACUGAGAGUGAAUGUGUCAGAUGGCUCCUCUCAUUAUUAUUAUUAUUAUUAAUAACUAUUAUUAUUAUUGGUGUGUCCGGUCAACACACCAGUCUGUUUCUCAUGGGGCAAGACUCAUAACUCCAAGCAGAUGGAAUAUUUUACCACAGUAUUUAUGUAUUCUUUGGAUGAAUACAUAGUCCUCUCUAAAUGUACAUAGAUAUUUUGCCAGCUCAUUGUUCAUACAUGUAAUGUAGUAAAAUAUUUACAAAAAUAAAGGAAUCAAAUAUUUGCCGCACAUCGCACUGGAGACAAGGUACCAAAAUGAAAAGGUCAGAGUUGAAAAUAAAAUCUAUGGUUCUAGAGAUUGUAUUGGGGAGGGCUGGGACAGGGUGAUGACAUCACUGCUGACUAACUCAUGUACGUAUGCUUGGGCUUCCAGCACACAGAUUUUGUACGUUUUGGUCAUUAUUUAUAUCCUUGUAAAUCACAUGGAAUAAACACAACUUGUACAACCAUUAAUCACCA